ACGAAGUCGUACGACACGUGAUACAAUACGAAAAUUUUGUACACAUAAAUCUGAUAUAAUAAUACAAAUUUCAGUGUAAUUUUAUUGUUAUUUAUUUUCACUGACACAGGUGUUUGAUAAAAUUGAACAAGAGAAUUAGAAGAAUAAAACUAAACGUUCUCAAGAUUUUUAGCAAGAAAUCUUAACAGUAUCUAGGAACCAAAGAAAUGACGUAAUAAUUUUUUAUUCAAGUUAAAACUUAGUUCUCUUAAAUAAAGUCUUACCGGGGCAGUGUUUUUGAUCACCUGGAAAAUACUACGUGUCAGUUUACACUGUUACGAAAUUCAAAGUGAAAUACUAAGGUCGGCGUUAUUUGUAUUCACAAUGGUCAAUAUGGCGCAGUGAAUUCACGUGGUAGGGAUGAGACUCAAAAAUUAAAAAACGCAAGUGGGGGUUAUAUAUAAUUAAGGAUUUCAUGACUUUCGCGAAAAGUAACUAGACAACCAGUACAGAAGGCACAGCAUGUGUAAUUGGAUUGGUGCACAAUGAAGGUGAUAACAUUCAUUCUGUUAGUGGGAAUCUCAAUGGCGGAAUUACCGCCGUAUAACCCACGUGGUUGGCGACCAAACCGGCCAUUCAGUCCCCAUCGAAAUCAAUUCUCGUCGUAUGGGCCUCCAUCGGUGCAAAAUUACGGUCCACCGGAAGUUUCGAUUUCACUGCCGGCAAUUACGACAACUACGACAACCACGACUACGGAAGCUCCAACUACAACGCCGAAUAUCCCGACGACCACGCCGUCCAGAAGUCCCGAGCCUACAACGCCAUCUAGCGUGACCGAAGAAGAUUUCGAAUCGAAUCCUGCACUUGCCAUUGCUAAUUCCUUCGCAUUCAAUCGGCCUGUAUAUGUAUAUAAUAGCUUCCCAUACUAUUCCGGUUAUACGCUAUUGAAAUAAUAAAACACAAAUUAUUUAGCAUAUCGAUAUUUAGGUGUAAUUAACGAUUUGUAUUUAUUGUAAUCAUUAUUUUAUCUUCGGAUUCACAUCACAGAGGUCUGAUCACUAAUAAUAAUAAAAAUAGUUUAUUCUUCGAUCCUUA